CGUCGCCAGUUUACAUGAAUGGAAGCGGGAAUUGUAGAUAAUACAAGGGCAGGUCCUUUUAGGGUUUGUAAAUACGUCAAGUAUAGACGAAAUGAUCUCACAAAUCUGCAUAAAAAGGAUUUUUUUACACAUCUCGCGUUUAUUGCAAUCACAAAUCUGCAUAAAAAGGGAUUUUUUACACAUCUCGCGUUUAUUGCAAUUUACGAUGUGUAAUGUAUUCGUCACAUUUGAGGUCUGUCUGUAUGCUUUGAACAUUUAGUUUUUGUUUUUGUCGUUUUUUUUUUUACUCUUUAUUUUUUCUUUUUCUUUUUUCUUGGGGAAUGGAGAAUUUUGUGAGGCUGUGGUGUUUUCAUUUAAUGGAAAAAAGAAAAAUAAUCACAAUGUUUGUUUUUCGUGUUGGGAUGUGAGGAAAAAGUAGAGUAUCAGUUUGUGUGGUUCGUGUUCUUUUGUAUUGCUCGGGCUACACUCUCUCUCUCUCUCUCUUCCCCAUAAUCUCUGGUGCUGCUUCUUGCUGCUCUCUUCUCUCUACCUCACAACUCAUCGCUCUCUCUCUCUCUCUCUCUCGAUAUAUGUUUACUGUGAUUGUGUAUAUGGUGUGAAGUAGAUUUUGUGGGUGAUCUGAAUCUUUCCUAACCCAACAAAUUCGGUGGAGUUAUAGAAUUUUGAAUUGUAAGAGCUUUCUAUGCUAACUCUAUACGAUCAAGAGACGGCUGACUAUUCUUUUGCGGCAUAUAUUGGUUAAUACAUAUAUUAUUUUGUGGUCAUGAUGUUUUCUUGAUUCCGAAUGGCAAAAGAAAUUGUUGAAAUCUUGUGGAUCAAGUCAUUGUGCAAUUCUUUAUGUUUGUGUUUGUAUCCUGGGAUUCAUGUAAGUAUACUAGUAGUGAGAGGUGGAUAGUUAUGGAGGGCUCAUCCGAGUCUGGUUGGGAGAGGUCUGAUAGUUCUAGGGGUUUGAAUUCUUCAUUCUUGGUCAGAAAUUCAAGAAUUUUGAGGGCAGGUGCUGUCAGAUUUUCAGGAGAUAAUAAUAGCAAUGAUUCUGUGAGGAAAGGGAGGCCUUGGACUCAUGUCAAUAGCCAUAGAGCUCUCCUCCCCGGGGUUGAGGGGGCCGACGGCGGAGGCGGGGCUGUUGCCCGCCCUACGGAAUGCAACGAUGUGAGUUUGAGGAAAUGGUUGGAUAAUCCAGAUAGAACUGUGGAUGCCCUAGAGUGCCUGCAUAUAUUCUCUCAGAUUGUAGAUGUAGUGAACUUGGCUCAUUCACAAGGAAUUGUAGUUCACAAUGUUAGGCCUUCGUGUUUCGUUAUGUCCUCAUACAACCGGGUGUCGUUCAUUGAGUCUGCGUCUUGCUCGGAUUCUGGCUCGGAUUCCCCGGAGUAUGGAUCAAACAGCCAAAUGGCUCAGUUCAAGGGUUCGCCCUCGCUUGUGCCUCCUGAGUCGCAGCACUCUAGGAGUCAGUCGGGCGCGCAGGAUGCUCAUCUUGCAAGGAAUCCAGCCUCACAGAUUAACUCCGAAAGCAGCUGUUUGCAAUCGAGUUCAGGUCAGGCUGUGCAUGCUUCAGAAGGUGCUGCCAAUGAGCGAACGGGAGACAAGAAGCAGUCUUUUCCAAUGAAGCAGAUACUGCUCUUGGAGUCCAAUUGGUACACCACACCAGAAGAGGUUUCUGGUGAUCCGACUUCGUGUGCUUCAGAUAUUUAUCAACUUGGUGUCUUACUAUUUGAGUUGUUUUGCACUUUUAAUUCCCUGGAAGAGAAAAGCUCGACUAUGGCAAGCCUGAGACACCGUGUCCUCCCUCCGCAGCUGCUUCUUAAGUGGCCUAAAGAAGCUUCGUUUUGCUUAUGGUUGUUGCACCCGGAGCCAAGUAGCCGGCCUAAAAUGAGUGAACUGUUGCAAAGCGAGUUCUUGAAUGAACCUAGAAACGAAAUAGAAGAACGGGAAGCUGCCAUAGACCUUCGAGAAAUGAUAGAGGAGCAGGAGCUAUUGCUGGAAUUUCUCUUGAUACUGCAACAGAUGAAGCAAGAAGCCGCUGAUAACUUGAAUGAAACAAUAUCACUUAUAUCCUCCGACAUAGAUGAAGUCACGAAGCUGCAGACCUCUCUCAGGAUGAAAGGAGGUCCAAGCUUAGAGUUCGGUAAGAGUUCAGGACCGGGUCCCAAUUUAAUGAACAAUGCAGAUGAUGAUGAUUCUGGUAGCUCAGGGUCGAGAAAGAGAAUCAGGCAGGGCCAUGAUACUACCGCCCCAGAUGAAUCAGACGAUCAUGCAGAUAUGCAUCAGAAAUCAGAGAUUCCAGGAAGCUUUCUUUCCAAAAGUUCUCGGCUGAUGAAGAAUUUCCGGAAAUUGGAAUCAGCAUAUUUUCUAACCAGACGCAGAUCUGUGAAAACAGCAUCUCGGUCGUUGGCAAGACAGUCUCAAGUUAGUAGUGAUGGUAGAGGAGGGUCUAAUAUAGCAACCGAAAGAAGUUCCAUCAGUAACCCAUCUUCGAGAGAGCGGAACAUUGAGCAAAAGCCAAAUGGAUGGAUAAAUACAUUCCUAGAAGGAUUGUGUAAAUAUCUUUCCUUUAGCAAGCUAAAAGUUAAGGCGGAUUUAAAGCAAGGAGAUCUUUUAAAUUCAUCAAAUCUGGUAUGCUCCCUUAGUUUUGACCGUGAUGGGGAGUUUUUUGCAAGUGCUGGUGUAAAUAAGAAAAUCAAAGUUUUCGAAUACAAUUCCAUCUUGAACGAAGAUCGUGAUAUUCAUUAUCCGGUUGUUGAAAUGGCUAGUAGAUCGAAGCUUAGCAGCAUUUGUUGGAAUAGCUACAUUAAAGGCCAGAUUGCUUCGAGUAACUUUGAAGGUGUGGUGCAGGUAUGGGAUGUCACAAGGAGCCAGACUUUCUUGGAAAUGAGAGAACACGAACGGCGUGUGUGGUCUGUUGAUUUCUCAGUGGCAGAUCCGACAAUGCUGGCCAGCGGCAGCGAUGAUGGUUCCGUUAAGCUCUGGAAUAUCAAUCAGGGAGUAAGCGUCGAUACCAUUAAGACGAAGGCCAAUGUCUGCUGUGUUCAAUUCCCCACAGAUUCCGGUCGUACUCUUGCAUUUGGUUCGGCAGAUCAUAAGAUAUACUACUAUGACCUUCGCAACUCGAAAAUGCCUCUAUGUACUCUCGUUGGGCACAAAAAGACAGUGAGCUAUGUGAAGUUCAUCGAUUCAACAACUCUUGUGUCAGCCUCCACGGAUAACACACUAAAGCUCUGGGAUCUGUCGAUGUGUACGUCACGAGUUCUUGAUUGUCCCUUGCAGUCAUUCACAGGCCAUCUGAAUGUAAAGAAUUUUGUUGGCUUGUCAGUAUCGGAUGGUUAUAUUGCAACUGGCUCUGAAACAAACGAGGUUUUCGUCUACCACAAGGCCCUCCCGAUGCCUGCACUGUCAUUCAAAUUCAAUAGCACGGAUCCACUCUCCGGUGAUGAAGUGGAUGACACUGCACAGUUCAUCUCAUCCGUGUGUUGGCGCGGCCAAUCCUCCACCUUAGUAGCUGCAAACUCCAUGGGAAAUAUUAAGCUAUUGGAGAUGGCUUGAUUUCCUCUUUGGUAGAAUAUUGGUUGGGUCAAACAAAUUUUUUGCCUUAGUUUUGUAGUGGAUAUAUAUAUACGUUGAAAUGCCAUUCAUCUUUUGGAAAAGUAUAUUGUAGAUAAAUAUGAGGUGAAGUGAAGAAAGAGGUGUGGAAAGGGGUUAUAAUUAUUGAUAUAUUUUUGUACAUUUUGUAAUAGCUCUGCGUUUCGAUCAUUUAUGUAAACUCUUAUUCUUCA